GUGAUGGCCGCGUUCGGCGUCGGCGGCUACUCGCUCGUGUGCCUCUACUUCGUCCUCGGCAGCGCGGUCACGAAGCUGAAAAUGAAACAAAAACAAGCGGAGGGGAUCGCGGAGGCGAGAGGCGGGCGCAGAGGGAUCGCGUCCGUGUGGGGCAGCGGCGUCGCCGGGGCGCUGUGCGCGGCGUGCGCGCUGUCGGGCGUCGCCCCCGGCGCGGAGGCGUUCCGCCUCGGGUUCGUCGCGUCGUUCUGCUCCAAGCUCAGCGACACGACCGCGAGCGAGGUCGGGAAGGCGUACGGGAAGACGACGUACAUGUCCACGCCGCCGUUCAAGAGCGUCCCGCGAGGGACCGAGGGCGCGGUGAGCCUGGAGGGGACGAUCGCGGGCGUCGUCGCGAGCUUUUUCUUCGCCGGCGUCGGCGUCGUCGUCGGCGCGUGCGACGCGAACGGCGCGGUCGUCGCGACGUUCGCGGCGUUCAUCGCGACGACGCUCGAGAGCUGGCUCGGGGCGACGACGCAAGGGAAGGAAGGGUUCGAGUGGCUGAGCAACGAUCUCGUGAACAUGAUUCAGAUCGUGAUCGCCGCGGGGAUCGCCGUG